AUGGUUGCACUGCCGUUGUUUAAACUAGCGUCCUUGUUCCUAAGGCAUAUUUCCAAAUAUGGCGCUAAUCAAAUCAAGGUCCAAGCCCACGAACACCCCCGCUUCCGCCGCUUCGCCGCCAAAUAUGGCCAGGCAAUCCACCAGUUGAACAUGCGCCUAUCGGUAGCAUACCUAAGAAACGUCGAGAGGGAAAUGAAAGCAAAGGAAAAGGCCGAAGCGCCAACGGUAAAAACGAAGGAGCAGGUAGAAAAGGAGGAGGAGAUGCGGUCUAAGCACGGCACCAACCAAGAGAACCGUGCCCAGAAAAACAUUCCCAUCAUCAGCGUCUGGAGGAGGAAAUUCAGGCCCCUCCCAGAAUCUAAGGCGGUGGAUCUGUUCGCCGAUGUGAUUGGCGAUGCCUUCAUUCUUCUCGUGGCUACCAUUUUGAUCUUAUACGAAUAUCACAGAUCCUCUCAAAAGCCAGACGCCAACACCGAGAAGAUCAAGGAGCUCAAUGAACGGUUUGAGGAGCUUUUUAGGAGAGGGAAAGAGCUCGAGGAGGCAGAGAAACGUCAACAGAGCCGAGUGCUAAUGCUUGAAGAGGCUCUGAGAGGGUACAAGGAUCCAAAAACCCAUAAGUCCAUCCUGCCCCCAGAGCCUACGACAUCAGUCCCUGCUUAA